UUCCUCUCUCUCCAUUGGCUGUCUGAGGAGGGGGGCGGGACCAGGGACAUUCCUCCUGCCGCUGAUGGAAAAAAAGAGAAAGUUUCCAAGAUGGCGGAGUAGCUGGACAACAAUAGAAACAGCGACUCGGUUAGCAUCAGUUAGCCUCAGUUAGCCGCAAAUAGAUUACAAAUACCCCGACACAUCCCGACUCUAACUCGGUCAGGUGGGGAGGAAGAUCCGCGCCGGGAACCUCGGGAGAAAUAACUUAAAGUAUGAUGGUUUAUUUAAGUGUUUGGGGCUAACUAGCCGCCUAGCCUGCUAGUGGAGCUAACGUUAGCCGCUAAGCUAGUUAGCAGCUAGUUAGCAGCUAGUUAGCAGCUAACGGCUAACGGAGGAUCAGCUGUUUGUAUAAACAGAUGCUGUAGAAGGAGCGGACCGCCACACGACCACAUCCUUUAUUGAUGAUGGCGGAUUUUGUUACACGGCGACACAGCGCGGUGAUGGAGCGGCUCCGCCGGAGGAUCGAGCUCUUCCGCCAGCAUCACAACAGCUGUGAGAGCCGCUACGAGAACGCCACGCUGGAGCGCCUGGAGCUGGAGCGCCAGCAGACCUUCAACCUGCACCAGCGCUGCCUGCAGGCCAAGGCCAAGAGGUCCAACAAGCACCGCCAGCAGCCCCCCCAGCCCAGCACAGCAGGAGCAGCAGGAGCAGCAGGAGCAGCAGGAGAGCAGCAGGCCGGAGGAGGGCAGAGAGGAGCAGCAGGAGGAGCAGCAGGAGGAGCGGAGCUCGGGGAGGGAGGAGGGACGGCGGAGCAGAGCAGGAACAGCACCCUGAUAGCGCUGCAGGAGACGGUGAAGAGGAAGCUGGAGAGCGCCGGUUCCCCGCUGGGCCGAGACCAGGUCAACGGCUUCAGCGACGGCUUCCCGCCCAGCAAGAAGGCGUGUCUGGACAACGGCGCCGCCAACGGCUCGCCGCUGGACUCCAAGCUGGGCAUCAGCGACGCCCUGAGCUCUAACGGGACCCACGGCCCGGCCGACGCCUCCGACGGCCGCGAGCCGGGGUCGGACUUCCACCGGAAGGAGAUGAAGCAGGAGCCGGACGACAUCCUGCCCAUCAUGCCUCCUUCAGGAGGCGCCAACAGCCUGUUCCCCGACCUGAACCUCAACGAGCAGGAGUGGACGGAGCUGAUGGAGGAGCUCAACUGCUCCGUGGUCUACGAGGACAUCCAGGACAUCCUCAACGACGGCUUCGACGACCGCAAAGACUCUCUGGAGCUGGCUCCGCCUCCUGGCGGGGCGGGGCCGGUGGGAGGAGGAGGAGGAGCAGGAGGAGGCGGGGUGGAGGCGGGCCGGGCGUCCCAGGGCCUCCUUCCUCCUGAUCUGGCCAGCGUGAAGACCGAGUUCUCUCCGGCCUCGGUGGCUUUCGACCAGGACUCUCGCACCGGUUCUCCUCACGUCCGGUCCUCCUCCUCCUCCUCCUCCUCGGGGCCGCCGCCUCCUCCUCACCCCACCAGCUCCCCCGUGGCCUCCUCCUCCGCCUCCUCCCCGGCCCUGCCCCCGUCCCAGCCGGCUCCUCCUCCUCCUCCCCGGCAGCUCCAGCCUCCUCCCAACCACCUCCUCCCUCCCAAAGACCUGUCCCCGGCGCAGCAGCUGCAGCAGCUGGCGGCGCAGCAGCAGCGGGCGCAGCACCUGCACGGCCAGAUGCAGCACAAGCAGCCGCCGCCGGGGGCCAAGUUCCUCAGCCAGGGGCCCCACGCCCACCCCCCCGCCUGGCCCCAGAUGGCCAACACCUCCCAGAGCCCACUAGGGGGCGCCUUUGGCAUGGACAAGCCCACCAGCCCCUCCCUGUACCCCCCGGACUUCAACCCCAACCCCCAGAAGCAGCUGCUGAUGCCGGGGCAGCCCAACAAAGGGUCCCCCAAGGCGGGGGCCGGCAGCUACCAGCUCCCGGGGCCCGCCGGGCACCCCAACAUGAUGGGCCACGCGGCGCCGGGCCCGCCCCUCAGCCACCCGCUGGCGCCGGGGGCCCCGCCUCAGGCCGCCACGCUCACCUACAAGAACACCAAACCUCUGUCGCACUUUGAGGCGGGGCCCGGACCCCCGCGGCCCCCCAACACCCAGAGCCAGAACAAGGCGGCGCUGCUCAACCUGCUGCGGCAACAACAGCAGAUCAAACAGAAGAACAGCAGCAUGAACUACCGGCAGCACAUCACACACUCACAGGACCAGAACUCGUACCCGGCCCCGCCCCACGGCCCUGGCCCCGCCUCCAACAUGGCGUCGGCCCCGGGGAACAGCGCCAUGACGGCCCCGCCGGGCGCCGGCGCCAUGGUGGGUAACCACGGCAACGCAGCGUACCUGGCACUGAAACAGCAACAACAACAACAACAACAACAACAGCAGCAGCAUCAGCAGCAGUACAUGCAGAGACAGCAGCUGAUGGCCGAACAGGAGAAGCAGCGUCAGCAGGACCAGCAGCUGCAGAGACACCUGACCCGCCCCCCCCCUCAGUACCAGGACCAGCCGGGCCAACCGGCCAAUCAGAACCCUUUCCCCCAGCCGCCAGUCAACCAGUUUACAGCUUCCUCUCAGCCAAUGGGAGGCGUCGGCGCCAUGGGAGGCCCCGCCCCCGGCGCCCAGCGUAUGUUCCCUCAGAGCCAGAGUCUGAUGGGUCUGGGUCUGGGGCAGGGCGCCGGGCAGGGCGGCGGCGUGGCUCCGCCCCCGGCCGGUAACCAGGGCGACCUCAGCCUGUCGGCGUGCGGCGGCGGCGGGGGCGGGGCCGGCGUGGACGUGCAGCAGGUCCUCUACAACAACAUGAACCUGCACCAGAACCGCCAGCCGCUCGGCAACAUGAGCGCCACCUACAGGCAGAACCUGCUGGCCCAGCAGCACCUGAAGCCGCCGCCCAACGCCGCCAUGCUCAAGCAGCAGCAGCUAGCCGCCGCCGCCGCACGCAUGCCCGGCGCCAUGCAGAGCAGCAUGGGCGCCAACCUGCCGGGCGCCAUGCAGAACGCCCAGAGCGCCGCCUGGCAGCAGCAGCUGGCCAACCAGCCGCCGUCCAGCAGCGCCGGCAUGGCGCCCAACGCCUUCGCCAACACGCCCAACGCCUUCCACCUGCAGCAGCAGGCCCGCCUCCCCAAGAUGGCGCCCGGCUCCGCGCCCUUCGGCUCCAACCCGGGCGGCCGUCCAAUGGGAGGCCUGAACGCGGCGCAGCAGAUGAUGCAGAACAACAUGGCGGCGGCGGUGCAGCAGAGGGCGGCGCCCAACCAGGGCCACGGCCCGCCGAUGGCCAAUCAGCAGCCGCCUCAGCAGGCCAAUCAGAGCCAGGCGGGGCUGCCCGACCUGGCGGCGUUCGGCCAGGGCGGCGGCGGGCGCCAGGGGCUGCAGUGUAACCAAGGUUACCAGGUGAGCAGGACGGCGGCGGGCCAGCAGCAGCAGCAGGUGGCGUUCGGCUACAACGUGGCGUCCGGGAGCUUCGCCGGCGAGAGCGAGCUGGUGGACUCGCUGCUGAAGGGCCAGAGCACGCAGGAGUGGAUGGCCGACCUGGACGAGCUGCUCGCCAGCCACCACUAGGCCCCCGGGGCUGGGCACUGCUGUAACCAUGGCGACCACAGGCUCCUCCCACACACACACUGUGGCGGGAAACGGCCCGACGGGAGGUCGGAGCGGCGCCGUGAGGUCACCGCGGCUCACGAGACGUUUGAGUCCCGAUGGGAAAGAAAACAACAGAUUAGUGAGCGAGUCGCACGUCUGCUGGUAGAAACGAUGACGCGGACGGCGGCGAGAACCAGCUGGUCGUCAGCUGAUCGAUCAGCUGAUC